AUGGCGAGUUCACCAGAUAGUGAUCGUCACACCGAAGAUACUUUUAAUGGCGGUCAGCUCAAAGAUCGCAAAGUGUCAUGGGCAAAGCUAACUCGUGUUGAUUCCCUCAACAUGGAAGCCGGAAAAGUUUCUUCUACACCAGCAAGACACGCCGCUCAGGCUGAUUGGAAGACAAUAUUUAGUUUAGCAUUUCAGUCCGUAGGAGUUAUCUAUGGAGACAUAGGGACUUCACCUCUCUACGUUUAUGCAAGUACUUUUACAGAUAAAAUUGGACACAAGGAUGACAUUUUGGGAGUAUUGUCACUCAUCAUAUAUACUAUAAUCCUCGUACCUAUGACUAAAUAUGUCUUCAUUGUCUUAUGGGCCAACGACAAUGGCGAUGGGGGGGCAUUUGCGUUGUAUUCUUUAAUGUGUCGAUAUGCAAAAGUGAGUCUCAUCCCAAACCAGGAGCCUGAGGACAGAGAGCUUUCACACUACAAUUUGGAUAUACCAUCCAAUCAAUUUAAAAGGGCUUUGAAGAUCAGACAUAAGUUGGAGAGCAGUAAAAUUGCAAAAGUUUUUCUUGUCUUCGUUGCCAUCCUUGGAACAUCUAUGGUUAUUGGUGAUGGAGUUCUCACUCCUUGCAUCUCAGUUCUCUCCGCCGUAAGUGGAAUAAAGCCUCUAGGCGAAGGGGCUGUUGUGGGUAUUUCCAUCGCAAUAUUGGUAGCCCUUUUCUGUGUUCAACGUUUUGGUACAGACAAGGUGGGUUAUACAUUUGCUCCAGCCAUAUGCAUUUGGUUUGCGUUUAUAAGUGGCAUUGGCCUCUACAACUUGUUCAAGUACGAUAUCACCGUCUUACGUGCCUUUAAUCCCAAAUACAUCAUUAACUACUUCCAAAGAAAUGGUAAAAAGGGAUGGAUUUCUCUUGGUGGAGUUUUUCUCUGCAUUACAGGAUCUGAAGCUAUGUUUGCUGAUUUGGGUCACUUCAGCGUGCGUUCUAUUCAAAUAAGCUUCAGUUGCCUCGUAUGUCCAGCUUUGCUCUCAGCUUACAGUGGGCAAGCUGCUUACCUCUCAAGAUUCCCUGAAAAUGUGGAGAAUACUUUCUAUGAAUCAAUUCCAGAUCCACUUUACUGGCCAACAUUUGUAGUGGCUGUUGCUGCAGCUAUUAUUGCAAGUCAAGCUAUGAUAUCGGGAACCUUUUCUAUUGUGGCUCAGGCCCAAGGUCUAGGUUGUUUCCCAAGGGUGAAAGUAGUUCACACAUCAGCAAAAUAUGAGGGUCAAGUUUACAUCCCUGAACUCAAUUACUUCCUUAUGGUUGCUUGUGUUCUAGUUACUCUCAGCUUCAAAACCACAGAAAAAUUGGGACACGCUUAUGGUAUUGCCGUGGUUAUUGCUGAAAUCAUAACCACACAUAUGGUCACAUUAGUAAUGCUUGUUAUAUGGAAGACUAGGAUCUGGUGGAUUACCCUAUUCUACGUGGUGUACUUAUCCAUUGAAUCUACCUAUUUCUCUGCCCAACUAACAAAAUUCACGCAAGGUGGUUAUCUACCCAUGGCUUUUUCGGUCGUGCUCGUGAUCAUUAUGGGAACUUGGCACUAUGUUCAAAAACUUCGAUACCAAUUCGAGCUCAAUAACAAGGUUUCGAGUGACUACAUUAGGGACUUAGCCAAUAAUCCAGACAUCAAAAGAGUACCUGGCAUAGGACUACUAUACUCCGAACUAGUACAGGGGAUUCCACCUAUUUUUCCUCAUUUUGUGUCCAAUAUUCCCUCUGUCCACUCUGUCAUAGUUCUCGUGUCGAUUAAAUCCAUUCCUAUAAGUAAAGUAGAACUACAAGAACGUUUCUUGUUCCGGCAUGUUGAGCCUAGAGAAUACAAAGUGUUCAGAUGUGUAGUUAGAUUAGGGUACAAAGAUCAACUCGGAGAUACAAACGAUUUUGAAAACCAACUGGUGGAACAAUUAAACAAGUUCAUCCGACAAGAACAUUAUAUUCUUGCAGCACAUGAACAAGUUGUGGAUAGAGAAACUGAAUCGGUAUCUGGCCAAUUAGUGCCUGGAAAAUCAUCCAGGGUCCACAUGGAGGAAGUCCUACAACAAGAAGUAGAUUCUAGAAUAUCAUCACCAACUGGUUCUAUUCAAGCCCAGUCAAAUCGUUCAUCGAGUAGAAUACAAGUGGUGCCUCCAAGUUCGGGACAAGAAGAGAUGCAGUUUGUGGAAAAAGCUAAGGAGCAAGGAGUGUUCUAUCUAUUGGCAGAAGCUGAGGUGGUGGCUAAACAAGAUUCGUCGUUCGUGAAGAAAGCUUUUAUCAACUAUGGAUAUAAUUUCUUGCGCAAGAAUUUCAGGCAAGGGGAGAAAGUUAUGGCAAUUCCUCAGACAAGGCUGCUAAGGGUCGGCAUGACUUAUGAGCUAUAA